GUGUAGAUAACAAAACAAGCAGCUUAUCCAGAAUAAUAUGCUAUAACUGAUAGAGGCGAGACAAAGGCCAUUGAGCAGCUGUUCGUAUGCCAAAGUUCUGACCCGUAGGUCCAAUAUCAACAAAAUUCACAUUUAUCAAAGAAACCUCAAGGAUUAUGCUACCUCGACGGGCAAUGAAGGUCAUGAAGUACAUGUUGAAACUGGGCCUAGAACUACUCUGCGUAGUGGCGAUCGUGCUACUAAUACGCUCCAACCAACAGGGAUUGAUACCUAGCAAUAAUGCCCUGCAACCAGCGAUGGAUAAACGAGGACAACCACAAGCACCUAACGUUAACCCUGUACCUCCGGAACAAAGUGGUAACAAUGGAAAUCAAGGGGGGUUGCAGAACAAUGACAUUCAGCAACCGUUAGACACUUUGAGUGACUAUCGGGAAAAGGGGGAAGAAACUGAUAACGGACGUGUCAUAGAUAACAGUAACAAUUUUGGUGAUGAUUUUAAUGAACCUAUUACGCCAAAUAUUCAAACAGAAUCUACUAGGCCACAACCGCAUACCGAUUCAACAUUCUAUGUGGUACUGGCCAAUGGGAGGUCAGGGACACAUCUAAUGAUGCAUCUCCUUAACAACCACCCUAAGAUAAAAUCUUACGGUGAACUUCUGCAGCCGGAAAGAAUCCUACGACCCCAGGGACUUCUAAAUUCGAAUAAAUUCAGGGUUUUGAAGUAUCUUACUGAGGCAUUAUGUCGUGAUAAGACAGCGUGUGGCCUGGGGAAGAUAUCAGGAUUCAUCAUGUUGAAUUGGGAGUUGACGAAACUGUCCCAUCUGAUGAAACUACAGGAUAUUUUAGCGGCUCUUGAUAACCCCCGGGUUAUCAUACUGUACCGUGAGAUGAUCUUGGAGACUUUUACGUCACUAAGCCUGGUGCAGAAAACUGGCGUUCCAAACGCCGAUACGCCACAGAACGUAAGUGUCACAAUCGAUUGGAACCGAUUCGUGACGUAUGUCAAGCUGAAACGCGCAGAAUGGAAGCGGUCAUUGCUCGCACUGAAUACACGAGAAGUACCAAAGCUAUUUAUGACUUAUGAGCAACUAUCCGGCGAGAAUCAAGUACAAGCGAUGGAUAGAAUUUAUAACUUUCUUGGUGUUUACCCAUUCCAUGGUAACCUGACUUCAUCUAUUGUAAAAUUAAAUCCUAAGACUUUAGAUCAAAAGAUUGAUAACUGGGAUAUCAUCAGUGAAAAUUUGAAAAAUGCUCCUAAAAAGCUCCAAAAAUUAGAUUUGGCGCACGAAGACAUUAGUAAUAUUGAACUAGAAGAUUGGGAUUUUAAAGACUUUAGUGAAAAAUUCCAUUGAAAAUUUAAAAAGAUAUUAGAAGACUACUGGUCAAUUUUUGUACAUAUUUAAAUGGAUUUAAUAAAUGCUCAUUUCUCCUGUCUAUCGUUUCGGAACAAAUGAAAGAGAAUGGAAACUUUGGACAGAAAAAGAAUAUCUAGGAUGUAUUGUGUAUUGUGAGAUAUCCGUAAAAUCUCAAACAAUUGUUAAGUUAUUCAAGAUCAAAAAUGCAAAAUGUGUAAAUUAUCCCAUAAAUAAAUCGUGUUAUCCUCGUGAAUAGAAAAUUGAUGACAUGCCUGUUACUCUGGAAUUAAGUAUUAAUUAUCG